CAUAGAAUUUAUUUAACAGUCAUUUGAUCGAGUAUUGACGUGAUGACUCCACGUUGCAUGCAACUCACCAACUCACCUUGAAUUUCAUCAAAAUAAGUGGUUAAAAUCUUCAAGUCAGACAAAUGCGUGUAAAACGGUGUGAUAGAAACUUUGAGAUUUGGGUAUUGUGAGAAGAGUAAUCAUUCAUUGAUCCGUUUGUUCGAGAGAACGCGGUUCAGAUCUUGGAAUAAAUGUUAUUUUGAAAGGCUGACAAAGAAUCAAACAUGAAUUUGGAGGAAUAUCGUAAGCAUGGUAAAGAAAUGGUGGAUUAUAUUGCGGAUUAUCUUGAGACAAUUCGAACCAGAAGAGUUUAUCCGGCAGUUUCUCCAGGAUAUUUGAGAAAUAUACUACCAUUAUCAGCUCCAGUUGAAGGCGAGCCAUGGGAAAAUAUCUUCCAGGAUAUUGAAAGGUGUAUUAUGCCAGGAGUAACACAUUGGCAAAGUCCUCAUAUGCAUGCAUAUUUUCCUGCACUUAAUUGUCCUGCUAGUCUUCUAGCAGACAUGUUAGCUGAUGCAAUCAAUUGCCUUGGAUUCACUUGGGCAUCAAGUCCAGCAUGUACUGAAUUGGAAACAAUUGUGAUGAACUGGCUAGGAAAAAUGAUAGGACUGCCUGAUGAAUUUUUGCAUCGACCUGGUGGAUCAGGAGGUGGAGUUAUUCAAACUACUGCUUCAGAGUCAACUUUGGUGUGUCUUUUGGCAGCAAGAACUAGAGCCAUUCGUGCAAUCCAAGAAAAUGAGCCUGAACGAGCACCAGGAGAAAUAAACUCCCAUCUUGUUGCCUAUUGCUCUGAUCAAGCUCAUUCAAGCGUAGAGAAAGCAGGACUCAUUGGUCUAGUGCAAAUGCGGUACAUUGAAUCGGAUGAAAAAUUAAGCAUGAGAGGAGAUAUGCUAGUUCAAGCAAUAGCUCGAGAUCGAGAAGCUGGUCUCGUUCCAUUUUUUGUUUGUGCUACUUUGGGAACAACAGGUGCUUGUUCAUUUGAUAAUUUGAAGGAAAUUGGUCCAAUAUGUGAGAAGAACUGUAUGUGGUUACAUAUUGAUGCUGCAUAUGCCGGAAGUGCUUUUGUCUGUCCGGAAUUCCGUGGUUGGCUCCAAGGAAUCGAAUAUGCUGAUUCAAUAGCAUUCAAUCCAAGCAAGUGGUUAAUGGUUCAUUUUGAUUGUACUGCCAUGUGGGUCAAGAAUAGUCAAGCUCUUCAUCGGACUUUUAAUGUUGAUCCCCUUUAUCUAAAGCACGAAAAUUCAGGACUUGCAAUUGAUUAUAUGCAUUGGCAAAUUCCUUUGUCUAAAAGAUUUCGAGCAUUAAAGCUGUGGUUUGUGAUAAGAAACUAUGGAAUAACUGGACUUCAGAAACAUAUUCGUGAGGGUGUUCGAUUAGCUAAAAAAUUUGAAGCUUUAGUAUCAGGUGAUGCAAGAUUUGAAAUUCCAGCAAUAAGACACUUAGGAAUGGUUGUAUUUCGUCUGCGAGGAGAGAAUUCUUUAACAGAAAAGUUACUGAAAAAAAUGAACACAAGAGGAAGAGUUCAUUGUGUUCCUGCUGCAUUGCAUGGAAAAUAUGUUAUUAGAUUUACAGUCACCUCCACUAAUACUACAAAUGAAGAUAUCUUGCGAGAUUGGGCAGAAAUAAAAAGUACAGCUACGGAGAUUUUAAAUUCAACACCUGGAUCACCAGCUAGAGUUAAAGUUCCACUUGCAGAAACGCGUCAAAAGAAUGAAAACUUUGGAUCAAGUUUAUUAUUGGCUAACUCGCCAAUGUCGCCUAAAAUAGUGAAUGGAAGUUUUGCGGCAAUAUAUGAUACAGCAGAUGUUUUUAAUGAGUGUAUGAAGGCAUUUGGUCAAAUUCGCUUAGAAGCUCAUGACAGUCCAGCCAUGAGACGACGUAUACGUGGGAUAUUGAUGUCUGGCAAACAGUUCUCUUUGGAUUCACGCAUGGAUUUAGUUCAAGGCUAUGUAUCAUGUGGACGUCCUUUAUCAGAACCUGGAACUAAUCUUCCACUGAUGAAAGAGGACGAAGAUUUAGCAAGAACUGAUUCAGACUUUAGUCUUGAUACAGCUGAACAAACCAGUGGCAUUUCUAACGAUAACUUAACAUCGAAAUCGAACUCUUCAGACUCAAUCAACAUGCAUUUCCAAAAGAAUGAACAAAAAUCUGUGGUUGGUAAUAAAGAAGAUACUGAAGAUGAAAAAUUGAACAAAAUCAAUGGAAUUGGUAAUAAUUAUGAAUUCCAAAUUAAUAAAGGAAUAUUCAAGAGUGAAACUAUUGGUGGAAUCAGUCAAUUAAUUAACACCAUCACAAUCCAAUCAAAAUCUGAUAAUGAACCUGAAAAAGAAGAUUCUAUAUGUGCUAAAUGUGGUCAUUUAAAAAACAAAUAAGUAAAUAUAAAAUUAUCCAAGAAUGUUAUUUAUUAAUCUGUGAGUAAUUAGUUUUAAUUUUCAUGCUUUCAUCAAUAUAUUUUAA